AUGUCGCAACCAACCCCAAACUCUCCCUCGGUGGUGAUGAACUCGGCGGGCAAUAGACAGCAGGUGCCACUACGAGACUACCUCAACGCUCGCAUUGCUCCAUUCCUGAAAAAAGCCAUUACAGAAAGUCUGGGAGUCGAAGCUGAAUUCCCUCUCCAAUGGCUGGGCGAGUGCCUUAUCCACCACUCGAUUCUCUACGAAGGAAAUCCUGACCGUACAAACAUUCGCGAAAAGUUCGUCCACAAAUUUGAAGAUCCAAAGCCCGAAGAGCAAUAUAUCCCCACGGAGAAUGCUACAUCGCCUGCCCCAGCCCCAUCCACCUUACCCGAACCAAGUACUGCAGAUGUACCGAACUCGCCAAAUGCACCGGCAGAGAAAGAGAUCACGAUGGACGAAGCAGCUUCUACAGUACAACAAUCCGCCCAACCAUCCUCAGAAUCAACACUCGUGCCCGAUAGCGCGCAGCCACCGCCUGUGGUUAACGGUGUGAAAGAGGAUGGAGCGACUGCUGUAAACAGCCCUGGAAAAGACGGCGACACUGAGAUGGGUGGUGUGUCGUGA